AUGAUUCAAACCCAACGCUCUCUAAAGUCCCCUUCACCUCCUCGUCCUUCUCCUGCGGAAGGUCGGGUUCCAGUCUCUCCCCCCGUCUCGCCCAAGACGCGCAGACCAUCAAUAGGACCCAGGUUUCGAUUUCCUCUCGCUUCGUCGAAGCCCACCAAGCCCAUGCACAUCUCCGAUUCGAAGCCCACCAAGGCCAUACACAUAUCCGAUCCUGUGCUGAAAGACGUUUGCGAUUUUCAGCGGAAUCGUCCUCUAGGCUCGGGGGCGACAAUUGUGCAGAGUCCCCAGGAAGCAUGGGCUCACGUCCUAGUCCAGUUCUGA